AUGGAAGAUCACGUCUCUGACGAGAACAAACGACAAGACUCGGAAGGCGAUAAAGAACAACGGAACCCUCCCAAGGUCGAAAACAAAGAUAACCUCGACCGGUACACUAUAGGCUGGGUUUGCGCUCUUCCAAAAGAGCAAACGGCGGCGAGAGCGGUGCUAGAUGAAGAGUUCCGGCAUGUUCACAUUCGUAAGGCAGUCGGCGACACCAACACUUACACCCUGGGCUCAAUUGGCAGACACAACAUCGCCAUAGCAUGCCUCCCUAAAGGUCAACUAGGCGUCAUCAGGGCCUCAAAGGUUGCAACUAGUAUGACCUCUACGUUUCGGAACAUGAAAUUUGUCUUGAUGGUGGGCAUUGGAGGCGGUGUUCCGUCAGGGCCAAACGAUGUCAGACUCGGUGACGUUGUCGUCAGUACUCCCACGGGACAGUAUCCCGGUGUCGUUCAGUGGGAUUUCGGAAAAACGAAGGACGGCAAAUUCGAAAGGACCGGGUCCCUUAACAAUCCACCCACGCUUCUCCUUACCGCACUGUCCAAAGUAGAAAGCGACCACGAAAUGGAAGGGUCAAAGAUUCAAGAAAACCUCGACAAAGUUUUCAAGAAAUUACCGAGGCUGAAGGCUAAGUACGGAAGGUCUGAUCAGCUCGAGGAUUAUUUGUUCGCGCCAAAUUACAAUCAUAUCGAUCGUCGUCCGGAUCCGAUUGCAGCACCGGCUUCUAGGGAAGCUCACGACCAGUCGCACAGAGGUGCUGGUUGUUUGUACUGCGACCAUACAAAAGCAAGAAAAAGAGACGUCGGAGAACCUGUCGUACACUAUGGUCUGAUCGCUUCUGGUAAUCAGGUCAUCAAGGAUGCCGCUUUCCGUGACGAGAUCAGUAACAAUCUCGGUGGCAACGUUCUGUGCGUCGAAAUGGAAGCGGCCGGUCUAAUGGACGAUUUCCCAUGCCUGGUGAUUCGCGGGAUUUGCGACUAUGCCGACUCUCAUAAAAACAAAGCCUGGCAAGAGCACGCUGCCGCUGUUGCCGCUGCUUUCACGAAAGAGUUGCUCGAAUACGUGCCACCAGUUGAGGUUGAUGGCCAACGUCCGGCAUGGGAGCACUUAUCUGAGGAGGUCCGGAGAGGGUUUGAAGACUACUCAACUUCGAAAACAGUCCAAAUUUCCACUGCCAUCACAAAUGAGAAUACCAAAGUACUGCGAGGCCAGGCUGACAGUAGUGAGCGUGACAGGAUCCUUGAUUGGCUCACUCCCGUCGAGUACGGCGCUCAACAAAGCCACUUCCUAGGGAGACUCCAAGAUGGUACAGGCAAAUGGUUUCUCGAAACCGACAAGUUUAUCGCUUGGCGAGACUCUGAACGACAGACUCUGUUUUGCUCUGGAAACCCUGGAGUUGGGAAAACUAUUCUUACAUCGUUUGUUAUCGACCAGAUCAGCACACAGUUCAAGGACGAUCGCAAAGUCGGAGUUGCCUACAUCUUUUUCAACUUUCGGAGCGUCCAAGAUCAGGAUCUGAAGGACCUGUUCGGUAGCCUGACGAAGCAGCUCGGGAGACUACUUCUGGAUUUACCCGAUUCUCUGAAAAAGUUGCACAAAGACCACUCAAUUCGUAAAACACGGCCAUCGGCUACGGAAUUUUUUGAAGCUCUUCGCAGUGUUGCGCUUCGUUUUUCGCAAGUUUAUCUUUUCGUCGAUGCACUGGACGAGCACAACAUGGGCGCUCACAAUCGAUCGUCAUUUUUAUCUCAUCUCCUUGAUUUGCAGAGGAAUCUAUCAUCGUCCAUCAACAUUUUCGCAACUUCUAGAAAGGUUCCGGAUGUCGAAAACAUGUUUUCAGAAUCACCAAAAAUUGAAGUUGCCGCUGUGAAUGACGAUAUCCACCAUUUCAUCAGCAGCCGUCUACCAAAUGUGCUAUCAGGCAUCGACAGAGACCUUGACCUCGACACUCAGAUCACAAAGGAAAUUGUGACUUCGGCAGACGGAAUAUUUCUUCUGGCACAUCUCUAUCUAGACUCGCUGGAACACAAGACAUGCGCAGCCGAUGUACGGUCUGCACUGAAAAUUCUCAUGGAACAUCAAGGAAAACAUCCAUUGUAUCGCGCCUACGACGAAGCAAUUUCAAGGAUCGAUGAUCAACCGCACGACUACAAAGUCCUUGGCAGAAACGUGAUAUCCUGGAUCUCGAAUGCGAUGCGUCCACUCACCGUUGUCGAACUUCAGUAUGCGCUUGCCAUGGAACCAGAAUGUUCCAAACUUGACAAUAAUUACAGGGAAAAGUUUGUGAAGGAAGAACUCAUGGUGUCUGUCUGUGCAGGACUUGUUACUGCACACGAUAGUGGAACGACCCGCAUCAUCGAGCUCGUUCACAAGACGACCCAGGACUACAUUCAACAAAAGCAGCAGGAACUAUUUCCUGAUGCCCACCGCGAGCUGACGGAAACAUGCAGCACAUACCUAUCACUUAUUACCUCUUUGAAUUUGGACAGAGAAGGUGUUGCAGUCCGGCCUCAUGACCCUUUUCGUCACUUCAACAGAGAAGUUAGGUUCCCCCUUGACUUCUUCGACUACGUGCUGAACAACUGGUGGCACCACGCCAAGAAAUGCUCCACGAUACCCUUGAAAAUGAUCGAAUGGCUCGAGCAUAAAGACGCAAGACUUGUGCGAUUUUUGCUGUAUAGCUCGGAGAUUCGUGAUGAGCCCGCGGUUGGCGGGGGCCGGCAAAAGCGAUUCUACUUUGAGCUCAGGAACGGGCCUCCGAUCGAUGGAUCAAGUGCGCUGCAUUGGGCAGCUUUCUUUGAUCUACACGCCGCCAUUCGAAUCCUUCACCAGAAAGGUCACAAAAUGGGUGCUUUGGAUUCCGCAAAUCGUUCGCCUCUCUGGUACGCUCUCAAGGAGGGCAACUUUGAGACCGCUCUGGCCAUGGUCAGGUUGGGUGCCGACACGGAUCAAGCAACAGAGGAACCUUCUUCCUUCCUUCCUUUGGCUACGGGAAGCGUGGAACUUCUAGCAACCCUCCUUAAUCACGACAAGAGAAGCGAUUCGGCCGAGCAGGCGUUAAAGGCGGCAAUGGUCAAUGAGCACCUGCCUGCCAUUAAACUUCUGCUCGAACGUGGUGUAUCCAUUGAUCAAACGACUCUUGAGACUUCUUUAAUUCGUUCGGCUAGGGGGAACGUGGAACUUCUCACAUUCCUUCUUGAUUACGAUAAGAGAAAAAUCUCAGCCGAGCAGGCAUUGCGGGUGGCAAUAGCCAAUAAGAAUUUACCCGCCGUUAAACUUCUGAUCCAGCGUGGUGUACAUAUUGAUCAGGAAACUCUCGAUACUUCCUUACUUCGUUUGGUUACAGCAGACGUGGAUCUUCUGGUAAUCUUGCUGGAUUGCGAUAAGGGAGAAGACUUAGCUGGGCGAGCCUUACGGGAAGCAGUAGUCAAUGGGCAUUUGUCUGCUGUUCAACUUCUGCUCAAACGAGGAGCGUCUCCUAACUAUGUUGAGCAUAAGGAUGGACAUAGCCAGACGAUUCUCAUGGAUGCGGUACAAUGUAGGAACGUUGACAUUGCCAAGCAACUCUUAGAGAAAGGGGCAAAUGCUGACGCAGUGCUUUGUGGCCAAACGGUGCUGAGCCUUGCUUUAGGUGGAUUUGCGAACCGUCACAAACUGACUCGGCUGCUUCUUGAUCACGGAGUAACUGUCAACUCGUCGGAAUUUGGCCAGGCGCCUUUAGUAGUUGCAUGCAAAUCAGGGAAAGCUUCUUUGGUAAAGCUGCUGAUUGAACGAGGCGCAAAUGUGGCAGCCGUGGGGCAUGAUGGCCAGCCUGCAAUGUGCGCAGCCUGUCACUUCCUGCCCCCAAGAUUUGGAAGGGGUGAGAUCAUCGAGAUACUCGAGCUUCUGCUACACAAUGGGGCCGACAUCGAGGCUGCAGACAGUGAUGGGAAGACAGCCCUGGCACACGCUUGUGGUGUGCCGUCCUUGUCGCCAAGUAGAUUAGACAAGGCUGAUGAAGUUGUCAUGUUUCUUCUGAAGGAAGGAGCCAAUCUGGAGACUAGAGAUAAAUGGGGACGAACGCCAUUGUCUAUAGCCUCAAUCAAUGGGCGCAAAAGAGCUAUAGCUGAGUUGCUUUGUGCCGGCGCUAAGAAAAGCACCAUUUAUGAUGGAUCAGGGGAAUAUUUUCUAGACCCGGCGACGAAGUCGGAGAGCAAAGCUCGCUGGGAGGCAUGGGCACAGUAUCCGAUGGCAAUUUCUUUCUGGCCCACGAGCGGGAAUUACCAUCCAGAGAUGAGAAGAGAAGAUCCUUCGGGGCUCAAUGUUAGCGAGGAGGUGGUCUAA